AUGACGAUGUGGCAGAGCGGCGGGAUGGGUCACAGCACCCAGAACAAUCCCUGGAUGAAGCUGAUGGGGAUCGUGGCGAAGGAGCGGCGCCACGACAACACCCAGAGCCAGACCGGGUCGAACGAGCGGGCGCUGAACAUGCAAUCAACCAUUCAAAUUUGACUAAAAUUGGGUCGCAGAGCUCGAAUUUGAUGUUUGCCAAAGUGGAACGACGUUGCCGUGAUCACGAAGCGUGUCGUGGCCUCAGACAUGGCCAUGAUUUUCGACCCGUACGGGCUGAUCGGUCCUGUCGUCGUCCAAGCGAAAAUCUUCGUGCAGAAGCUGUGGCGCAUGGAACUGGAUUGGGACGCCGCUCUGCCAGAAGAUCUGCAGGAGUACUGGCGUGAAUACCGCAGAAAUUUAGCCGGUCUAGACAGCCUGUCGAUACCCCGCUGGAUUGGCACAGGUGCAGAUGACCAGAAUGUGCAGCUUCACGGGUUCUGCGACGCAGCGCCGAGCUCGCCCAGUGAAGUGCUUCGUUGCCAUCUUCGUCUGCCUGGUCACCAAGGCCGUUCACCUAGAACUAGCAGCAGACUUAACGACGCAGGCAUUUCUGGCGGCCCUCAAACGGUUCACUGCCCGGCGUGGCAAACCGAAGCUGGUCAUGUGCGACAACGCCAAGAACUUCGUCGGCGCAAGACGUGAGCUGAGCGAACUCGCCAAGCUGUUCCUAAGUCAGCAGUUCGAAGAGGAGAUCAUCCGCGAAACAGCGAACGACAGCAUCGAAUUCAAGUUCAUUCCCGCUCGCUCGCCGAACUUCGGCGGCCUCUGGGAGUCCGCGGUGAAGAGCUUCAAGUUGCUGUUCAAACGUACUAUCGGGCUGCACACCCUGCUGUACGACGAGUUCCGACUGUGCUGGUCCAGAUCGAAGCGAUCCUCAACUCGCGACCGCUCACGCCGCUCAGCAACGACCCCGCAGACUUCGAAGCGCUGACCCCAGGACACUUCCUGAUCCAGCGUCCACUCACUGCGAUUCCAGAACCAAACCUCGACCACAUUCCCGAGAACAGACUGUCGGCCUGGCAAACCGUCCAGCGGUACACGCAGCAGCUCUGGAAGAAGUGGUCCAACCUCUACCUG